AGUUCGAUCGCAUCAUUUGGAGCAGCGGACGAUGACCGAGGACGUCGCCGACCUCACCGCGCUCGUGCACCUGGACGAGGCUUCGAUCCUCGCUGCGCUCGCGGUGCGCUUCCAGAAGAAGGCCAUCUACACGAGCACGGGCUCGAUCCUCGUGGCCAUCAACCCGUUCGAGGCGCUGCCUGCGCUCUAUAGCGCGGCCUUGAAGGCCUCGUACAUUGAACACGGCGACCGCGUCAUGGCCGGCGAGAAGCGCGAGAAGCUACCGCCGCACGUCUACGCAGUCGCUGACAAAGCCUUUCGCGACCUGCUGCGCCAGACGGCUGACCAAAGCGUCCUCGUCAGCGGCGAGUCGGGCGCGGGCAAGACCGAGACGACCAAGAUCAUCAUGAACUACCUCGCGUCCGUCUCGUCGGCCACGACCAACGAUACGCACAUUCCUGAGCGUGAGAACGUGCGCAACCGCGUGCUCGAGUCCAACCCGAUCCUCGAAGCCUUUGGCAACGCCCGGACCAACCGCAACAACAACUCGUCGCGCUUUGGCAAGUUUAUUCGCCUCGGCUUUGACCGCAGCGGGUCGCUUCUUGGCGCGUCCAUCUCGACGUACCUCCUCGAGCGCGUCCGGCUCGUGUCGCAGUCAAUCGGCGAGCGCAACUACCACAUCUUUUACGAGCUCUUACGUGGCGCAACGCCCGACGAGCUCGCUGCGCUGCGCUUGACGCGCAUCGAGGACUACAAGUACCUCAACCAGACGCAGUGUGUGGACCGCAAGGACGGCGUCGACGACGGCGACCAGUACACCAAGACGCGCCACGCCAUGACAACGAUCGGCAUGGCGGAUGACGAGCAGUGGAGCGUGCUGCAGGUGGUCGCUGCGAUUUUGCACCUCGGCAACCUCGAGUUUGUCCCGGCGGCCGGUGGUGGCGCCACGUUUGGGCAGAGCGUGGACCUGGUCACGCUCUGCGGCCUCCUCGGCGUCAGCCGCGACCGGCUCCAAUCGGGUCUCUGCACGCGCAAGAUCCGCGCCGGCGGCGAAACCAUCACCGUACCUCUCGAGCCGAGCCAAGCGCUGGGCGCAAAAGAUGUGGUUGGAAAAGCACUGUACGCGCAGCUCUUCGAGUGGCUCGUCGACCGCAUCAACGAGAGCAUGGCGUACGAAGACACGUCGCGGCCCAUCGAUCCUACUACCUCGCAUGCUUCGUUCAUCGGGAUCGUCGAUAUCUUUGGGUUCGAGAUCUUCCCGACCAACUCGCUCGAGCAGCUCUGCAUCAACUACGCCAACGAGAAGCUCCAGCAGCUCUUCUCGCAGUUUGUGUUUGCGAUGGAGCAAGACGAGUACGCGAGCCAAGGCAUUCCGUGGACGUUCGUCGAGUACCCCAACAACGACUUGCAGUGCAUGCUGCCCAAAGGUGGCGAUGGACCGUUCGCCAAGUCGCUCUAUGAUCUCCUCGGCAAGCACCCGCGCUUCGCAGCGUCCAAGCUCCAGCAGGGCAGCAGUCAGUUCUCCGUGCUGCACUACGCAGGCACGGUCGCGUAUAUCACGGAUGGCUUUUGCGACAAGAACAAAGACCACGUGCACGACGAAGCCAUCGACAUGCUCAGCGCCUCGACCAACUCGUUCGUCGCGACGCUCUUUGAGAGCUACCAAGUGCUGAGCAUGCUCCCGCCGUCCCGCCUCAACAACGACAGCGACGACAAGCCGCGCCGGUCGUCCGGUAUCAUGGGUGCGACCGUCGCGAUGAAGUUCAAGCAGCAGCUCACGGACCUCCUCGGGGUUCUCAACGCCACGUCGCCUCAUUUCGUCCGGUGCAUCAAGCCCAACGACGACUUGCAGCCGUCGACGCUGGACGAACCUCGGGUGCGCGAGCAGCUCCAGUGCUCCGGCAUCCUCGAGGCCGUCAAGAUCUCCCGCCUCGGGUACGCCGUGCGGUUCCCGCACGAAGCUUUUCAGACCGAGUUUCGACCCCUCGCCCCUGGACCGCGCAGCGUUCACGCAAUGCUUGAGACGCUCCUUGCCAAGUAUGCGUUGCCGACCGACAAGCCGCCGUUCCAGCUCGGUACCUCCAAGGUCUUUGUCGUGCAAGCGGCUUUCGAUGUCCUUCAGCGCGAACGUGUUCUCGCACUCCACCGCCGCGUCGUGACGCUCCAGGCCUUUGCGCGCAUGGUCCUCGCGCGCACCCGGUUUCGUCGUCAGCAGGCGUCGGUGCGAACGAUCCAGUCGGCCGUUCGGCUCUGGCGCUUUCGCCGACAGCGGCGCGCGGCCGCCGUCGUUCUGCAGGGUAGCUACCGCCGCCACCGCGCGCAGCAGCUGCUGCGGACACUGCGCGUUGCCAAGGCACAAGCGAUGGCUGCGGCCGCCAAGGCCAAAGCGGACGCCGCCGCCAAAGCCAAAGCGGUCGCCGAGGCUGCUCGACGACACACGGCCGCGGCGGCCGAAGCCGAGCGCGUCGCAGCCCAAGCCAAGGCCAUCGCGGAUGACGCCUAUCGCGCGCUCAACUCGCCCGUCAACUCGCCCGUGCGUCCGCUCGUGCGGCCCUUUGUAUCCCCCGUACACGCCCCGCCGCCGCCGCCCUUUUACCCUGAAGUCAUUGGCGACGAGGAUGAUGACGCGUCCGAGUCGGAGACCGAGUCGGAAGUGGCCGUGUCCCUCGCCAACAAGUACGAGAUUACGUGGCCGGCUGGGAUGCUCGGUCUCUACUUCGGCCGGGACCUCGAGUCGGGGCUGCCAGUCGUCCAGCGGGUCCAUGCCAACUUGAGUGGCUGCAGCACCAUCUCGCACGUGGCGGUGGAAGACGUCCUCGUCUCUGUCGGCACCAAGCCCAUCGUGCCCCACGCCUCGUUGCACCAAACGCUCGCCUACAUGCACGAGAUCGCCAAGCCCGUGACGCUUGUGUUUCAGCGUCGCGGCCACACGCCGGCGCAUCAGCUCGAAGCCAACGAGUACGAAGUGCUCUGGGGCUACAACGAGCCACUGAACCUCCACUUUAAACUCCACCGCCAGCGCCAUUUGCCGUACGUGAGCACGAUUCUCUCGUCGCCCAUGCCCAACGAACCGCUCAUGGUCUGCAAGGGCGACCUCCUCACGCACGUCAACGCGAUCUCGACGUACAUGAAGUCUCAAAAAGAGAUCAACGCGCUUCUCUCGGAGCAGCCCAAGCCAUGCGUCCUCCGAUUCCGCAUGCCGGACGACGACGCCGUCACCGAGUCGCGCGUCUCGACUGCGUCCUCCGGCCGGCGGUCCAGUGUCAUUGCACUCAACUUGCACAAGUUAACGCCGAACGACGAGGCGUACAACAUUACAUGGACCGACGAAGAUGGACCGCUCGGACUCGUCGUCACGCCGCUGCUCAACUACUACAUCGAGGUCGUCAAGGUCAAGGAUGAAGGGGCGGCCCACGCUAUGCGUCAGCGAGGACGCGUCACAGCUGGUGACAUGCUCAUCGCGAUCAACCAGCAGGACAUUAGCUCGAUGGGCUUUCAGCACGCGAUGCACGUGCUCAAGUCGAGUCCCAAGCCGCUCGUGCUCACGCUCCAGCGCAGCAAGUCAUCGUCGUCGUCCGCCGGCCGGUCGAGUCUACCGGGCCAACUCGCCUAGUUAACUAUUAGCGAGUGUUCGUUUUUGUAUCCACUC